GCCAAUUGAAUCUCGUUUGAACGUCAGAAGUGAAGCAUUCACCAACGAAGUAACACUUUUCUUCAACACAAUCAGAGAGCAGAGCAACGCAACCAUCAAAAUGAACACCUCAACAUCCAUUUCCAACCGUGUCCCUAUGACUCUUCGGGAUUUUUUUUUCCAAGAUCCGUUCUUCCAAAGUUCUUGGAGUGACUUCGAUCGCAUUCGGGAGGAAAUGAUGAAAGAGACCCGAGAGUUCUGGCAAAAGGUCGAGCAGGAUCAAAAGGCCAUGCAAUCCAACAUGAUGAUCCAGAACUCUGGAGUGCUUCCAACCAACUCGGCUAUCUCAAGCUCUUCCACCACGGGUUUGAGCGUCGGCAAACCAUCCUCCGUCACUGACUUGGCGCCUUUCUCACCGAUGAUCGUGCCGCGUCGUUGGAUGUUUCCUCGGCUCUUUAGUCGCGACGACUCCGAAGCAGCGUUCCCGUCUGAUUUCUUCAAUUGGAAGAAUGACGAUCAAAUGAUCCGCCAAAGCAACGACGAUUCCAAAUUUGAGCUCAGCCUCGACACACACGAUUAUCGUCCGGAUGAGAUCAAGGUGAAUGUCAAUGGGAACACUCUAUCGGUCGAGGCCAAGCAUGAGGAGAAUGGAGAAAAUAAGUUCGUAUCCCGGCAGUUUAGCCGAAAAUACACCCUGCCCGAGGGUUGUGAAGCCCACAAGGUGCAUUCAAAUUUGUCAUCUGAUGGUAUCUUGAUGAUCACAGCUCCGAAAAAGACGGCCAUUACCCAAGAUGGUUCCAGGCCAGUUCCCAUUGAGGUCAAAAAAUAAAGCACCGAUAUCAAUUCCCCAUGUCGAUUCACUCAAGGCUUGAGAUAAUGUGCGUGUACUAAUUUAAAAAUCUAAUAGAACAAAUAAAACGUACAAUGCAAAAACUUGCGAUCGGAACAUUA